AUGUCUUCAUCUUCAGUCAAAGUCCACAAUGUUGGCAUCAUUAUGAACGGCGUUACUGGUCGUAUGGGGACGAACCAGCACCUUAUCCGAUCUAUCUGCGCCAUCCGAGCCGAGGACGGCAUCACCACCACCGAUGGCGAAAUCAUCAUGCCCAACCCCAUAUUAGUCGGCAGGAACUUUGCAAAGCUUCAAGCUCUCGCGAAAGCACAGGGACUCGAGCGGGUGACAACCGAUCUGGAUGCCGCAUUAGCAGAUUCACAAAACACCGUUUAUUUCGAUGCCCAGGUCACAUCUUUACGACAGGACGCAGUCAAAAAGGCCGUCGCGGCGGGCAAACAUAUUUACUGUGAAAAGCCCACUGCUGUUACGACGGCUGAGGCGCUCGAGCUGUCUCAGAUCGCAGAGCAGGCGGGCGUGAAGAACGGUGUUGUGCAGGACAAGCUUUGGUUGCCUGGACUCGUGAAGCUGAAGGGUCUCGUGGACAGCGGCUUCUUUGGAGAGAUUCUGUCCGUUCGUGGUGAAUUUGGAUACUGGGUUUUUGAUGGGGAGAAUGUUGUCUGCCAGCGUCCCAGUUGGAAUUACCGGAAGGAGGAGGGCGGCGGAAUCAUCUCCGAUAUGUUUUGUCAUUGGCACUAUGUUAUCAACUCCCUUUUUGGCGAGAUCAAGUCUGUAUCCUGUCUCGGUGCGACCCAUAUUAAGAAACGUCGCGAUGAGCAAGGCAAAGCAUAUGACUGCACUGCUGACGACAGCGCGUAUGCAACAUUCGAAUUGAAGAAUGGCAUCGUUGUACAGUUCAAUUCAUCUUGGGUCGUUCGAGUGCGUCGAGAUGAUCUUCUGACCAUCCAGGUGGAUGGUACGAAGGGCAGUGCCGUCGCGGGUCUGCGGGAUUGUGUUGUUCAGCAUGAUAGUGUGACGCCGCGACCGACUUGGAAUCCUGAUGUUGCGGGUACAGUUGACUAUAAGGAUGGCUGGAGCAAGGUUCCUGAUCGUGAGAUGCUUGAGAAUGCCUUCAAGACUCAGUGGACGUUGUUUCUCCUGCAUGUUGUCAAGGAUGAAUCAUGGCAGUAUAAUCUAUUGGAGGGGGCUAAGGGUCUUCAGCUGGCCGAGAAGGCCCUGGAGAGUUGGGAGAAGCGUUGUUGGAUCGACCUCGCUCAGUUGGAAACCAAGGUCUAA